AUGGGGACAAAUCUAACACCAUUUCUGUUCAUAUUUUUAUUCACUCAUGUAAAUACUCAACAUUACCACGAGACCCCUUCAAUUUGCCCUCCCAACUUCAGCGGCUCAUUACAAGGAAAUUCAUGCAGCAGAGAAUACUCAAUCUGUGUCAACGGAGUACACCAAUCUGCAUCAUGCGACGAAGACAGCGUAUUUUACCAAAAUCAAUGCAUUCCCGCUGCUCAGUCUCCGGAGUGCGCCAUCAGUAAUGAUGAUAGCAAAUCGUCAAAUUUUGACUGUUCUUCACGUCAAGAUGGUUCGUAUGCAAUCGGGUGCAGCAAUGAGUUUGUACAGUGCGUUUCUGGCAGCCCGUACACAGUAUUCUGUCCAUCCACGUUGGUGUUUGUCGAAAAAUAUCAAAAAUGUUUGGAAAGUUGCGACUCGGUUUACGAAGGUGCUGUUGAGGAAGAUCUCGACGGAUCUGGAGAAGUAUACACCUCUUCUCGCGAUAACGAUGAAUCUUCAAACCAAGAGUUCAAUUGCGCUGGACUAAAAGACGGAAAUUACCCUCAAGGCUGCUCUCCAUUCUUCUUCGUCUGUGUCGGUGGAAACGCUUUCAUUAGCUAUUGCCCAGCUGGACUUGUAUACAACGAAAACCAACAAGCCUGUGAUUAUGCGUGCACUAGCCCAACAACAACGACACCAACAAUUGAGCCAACCUCUACUGUGGAAGAUGAUUCAUACUUGUCUACUAACAGUGUCUCGCCCACAACGGAAGAUCCGACUACCAAUCCUUCGAAUUACGAAGAGGCGACAACUGAAGAGGUUACCACAUACGCGCCAUCGUUUGAUGACGAAGAGACGACAACUGAAGAGGUUUCCACAUACGCGCCAUCGUUUGAUGACGAAGAGACGACAACCGUACUAACAUACGUUGAAGAAACCACAACGCCAGGGGUUGACGAUGAGGUGACCACUUCUGUCCCAAUUCAAACUACAACUGAAGUUCGAGUAUGCGAAGAGGGCAAGGUAACUACGUUUGGCGUUUGCGCGUCACGCUUCUCAAAAUGCGUUAAUAACUUCGUGCGAGCGAAACAGUGCCCAACUAGCACGUUGUUCGAAGCGCCUUUAUUGUUGUGUGUUUACGAUUUGCCGCAGUGCCAGCCAACUCCGAUUCGUCCAAUUUCUAACUAUUUGAAACCUGACAUUGUUGUCAGCCCAUUCGAUGACAGCGAGGCUCAACUUCAAAACUAUGGGCGCCGAGGAAGGCACUGGAGACCACUCAUCGAAGACCCAUUCUUCACACCAUCUGAAACUGGUCAUAGACACCACAAAUACGGACCAAAACCAUAUGAGCGAAAGAAGUAUCGAUUUGUUCCUGGAAUCGAUUCACCAUUCUCUACAUCAUUCCGUGGACGCGCUUUCCUUAACGAUAAGUUCCGGGACCACCGUCGGCCAAAUAUGGAUAAAAUCUACUAUCGUAAUUCCAAGAAAGGUGGACUUAGGCGCAUUUUUUAUUUGGAUGACGAAUUUGACAAGCCUCAUCCGAGAACGUUCGCUUCUGACAUUCGUAGAGUUUUCCCUAGCAGUGACACCAGACGCUCCCCAGUUUAUCCAGUUUACACUGCAACAUCAUAUCCUAGCGCCUACGGAUCAAGGAAGAAGAGAUAUGCCCCAUACGGUAAUCCAACAUACAACCAUGGAAACAGUGUUCGUCAAAAUCAAGUGAACGAAUACUGCCGAAACUAUACCACACCUGUGUUCCUCAGCUUCGAGCAAUGUUUCGAUCGGUUUGUUUAUUGCAGCGGAAACGGAGUUAACAGGAUGGCAGCUUGCCCUGUAGGAGAACAUUUCGACAGACAGAUUGGAUCGUGUUCGGAAACUUGUGGAACGUCCGCUUCUCCUGCUGUUCCAAUUAAUUCCGGAAUUGGAAAUCAACAAUCUAAUGACUUUGGAGGCGAAGUUGUCAACUCUGGAAAUUUCCAAUCGACCAACAGUAAUAACAAGGGAUCUUCGGAUAACACUCAAUUUUUCAAUGACAAUAAUCAAGAAACAAUUGAAAACUCAACGCCAUCGUCUGACAGCCAAUCAACUAAUGACGAUUCUGCUACACGUCCAACACCAUCUUCUGAUUUGGCAAAACCAUUGAUGAUUGUUAAGACAAUUUGCGAAAAGUCUUCGAAUGGACUGUUUUCUUUGGGAUGCUCGCAGGAGUACAUUCAUUGUCAUAAUGGAGUUCCGGCCAGAAAGACUUGCCCGGCUGCUUUGUACUUUGAUGAAUCUCGUGCACUUUGCGACUAUCGUGAUAGCGUUGAAGAAUGCAAAGCAUCUGAUUCGAAUCAGGAUGCAUACGCUCCAACGAUGACACCGUACAAACCCACCACGGUUCCUCCAACUCCUUCUGGACCAUCGUCGGCGGCUGAUGAUUCUCAAUCAUCAUUCUACCAAUCAACGACCGUAUCACCUGGUCAGGAUGUGCCGUCGACUUACACACCAUUCGUCAAGCCUUACAAACCACUUCGACCAACACAAGACUCGAUUUAUCAAUCACCAGUUGCGCGUGAGCAAGAUCCAUGCAAUCGGCUUGUCGAUGGAGCUCAUGGAGAGGGUUGCUCGGCGUCAUUCAUUAUGUGCGAGAAGGGUCAAUUAAUGAAAACCGUGACGUGCCCACUAGGUGAAGGCUACGAUCCUUCUGUCCAAAUGUGCAAGAGCUUUUCUCUGAUCUCUACACACGCUUGUGGAACGCAAACCUCGACGGGACCAGGGCUAGCGCAACCUUUGCCAUACAUUAGAUUAGAUUCAGUGACAAGUACGACAACUACAGAGUCUUCCGUUCAAAGUAGUCCAUAUAAGAAUAACAACGAUGCAGAGGAAAACAGAAGCGAUUAUCAAAACGUUUCUCAGUAUGGCAAUGAUUCUGAUGAAGACUCCAACGACUCUACGGAAUCUUCGAUUUAUUCUACAUCUGGCUACGAGUCUUCGACUUACACUGACGAAGAAGACAAUUUGAACGAGGAUAUUGGGACGACGUCAUCGCCAAAAGUUGUCUGCAAGGCCGGAUCUCGUGCGUCUGUUGGAUUCUGCUCCGCAAGCUAUUUGGAAUGCGACGUUGCAAAGAACACCUACGUUGUGAAGGCUUGUGCUGAUGGAGAAAGUUUUGAUGUCCAUUCCAGUCAAUGCGUCGCUUCAGAAAAGUGUGGACAUGAAGCUAUUCGUCAAAUCGUCAACGAUGUUGUUUCUACUGGGCCGCUAUACAAGCAGUUAGACAGAAGAUGCGCCAACUCGGCUGAGAAUGAGACUCGCUCAACGGGAUCAUGCAGAAACUCAUACAUUCGUUGCUCCAAUGGAAAAACGGUUACCGAAUUGUGCUCUGGCGGGAUGAUUUUCUCGAACGCGCACAAGAAAUGUGUCGAGAGAUCAACACUUAUGGAAUGCGCAAUCGCAAGCGCGAAGCCAGUGAGCAGCUACUACAAUAGACCGUCAUCGGAUGCGUUCUGCGACGGAAAACCGGAUGGGUUGUUCAGAAAUCCGGGAGAUUGCUCUGGCAUUUUGCAGUGCUUCGGAGGUGAUUUAUUCGAGUAUCCAUCGUGCCCAGCUCGCCUUGCAUUUAAUGAAGUCACUGGAAAAUGCGACUACCCGCAGAAUGUACGAGGAUGCGAUACUAAAAACAACGACGAAGGAGAAUGCAGCGAGCACGGUGCGUUCCUUUCGGACGACGAUAAUUGUUCGAUAUUCUACCGUUGUGUGUGGGGACGUAAAGUGGAAAUGAAAUGUCCUCUCGGCACCCUGUUCAAUCCAGCAUUGUCAGUUUGCGACUGGCCGAGCGCAGUGCCCCAAUGCGCCGGCAGCGAGGAGCGAUUAGACGCUGAUGAUGAGCCCAGCUCGUAUGAGUCUUAUUAUUAA